CGCACCUUUAUCCACUGGCGGGAGACGUUCUGAACCUCCCUCCCUUUCGUUCUUUACCCUAAAUCACCUUUUUCUUCCUCCUUUCCGCCCGAUGCUGUCUCUUGAACUUCUCGUUCUUACGCUAACGGCACUAACCGCCCCUGUUCUCGCCCAUCGCGACUACAACAAUGUUCACGCCCGACGGUUUGGUCUAACCCCUCGGGACUACAUCACCCCCGAAACACGACUCGAAUCCUACGACUAUAUCAUUGCCGGAGGAGGUCUUGCAGGACUGGUACUUGCUUCCAAGCUCUCGGCUGAUGGGGAAACCACUGUUCUCGUCCUCGAGGCUGGAGGAACAGGCGACGAGCAGAGAGAGACUAUUGACCGUCCUGGCUUGACAUACUUCCGCUCUCUCCUCAACACCGAGCACGAUUAUGCCUACAAGACCACCCCUCAGGACGGUGCUGGUGGUCGUAUCAUGAACUGGCCUCGUGGAAAGAUCCUUGGAGGCUCUUCUGCGGUUAACGGCAUGUAUCUCGUUCGACCCAACGCGCUCGAAGUUAAUGCCAUGCACGAGAUGAACGCCGAUAACGACGCCAAGGAAUAUGCUGACGCGUGGACCUGGGACUCCCUUCUCGAAGCUAUGAAGCAGGGCGAGACCUUCACCCCUCCCACCCAGGAAGCCCUCGAUGUUGCGGGCAUGCGCUUCAACCCGGACAGCCAUGGCUCCAGCGGACCUCUGCAGGCCACUUACUCUGCCUACAUGGUUCCCAUCUCGAGCGCAUGGCUCCCGACCCUCGAAGCUGCUGGUGUUCCCAUUUCCAAUGACGCCUACUCCGGAGACAACGUUGGCGGCUUCUUCAGUAUCAUGGCAAUCAACCCCUCCAACUGGACUCGAUCAUACGCCAAGUCUGCCUAUAUCGACAACCUUCCUCCCCGCUCCAACCUCCACAUCCUCACCAACAGUGCCGUCACCCGUAUCCUCUUUGCCGACAAUGCUCAAGAUGGCCUCCAGGUCGCGAGCGGAGUCGAGUUCGCCAGCGAUGCCAAUGAUACUCCCAAGACUGUUCUCGCCAACAAGGAAGUGAUUCUCGCUGGUGGUGCCGUCGGCAGCCCACACAUGUUGUUGGUCAGCGGUGUUGGUGACAGGGCACUGCUUGAGAGCUUGGACAUCCCCGUUCGUGUGGACCUCCCUGGUGUUGGCCACCACAUGCAAGACCAUUUGGCCGUCAGCGUCGCCUGGAGCACUGAGGAAGACACCCAAGGCACCAUCUUCGAAUCCGGAUCCGAGUUCUCUCAAUCCCCCGAGUUCCUUUCCUUCGUAAACUCCGGUACUUCCUAUGUCAACGGACGAUUCCUGUUCGACGGCCAGGAGCAAUUCGACGCCUACCUCCAAGGUCUCCGUGACACCUUCAGCAGCGCCGAUGAUCUCGCUCCCCUCCUCCCAGGCACCAGCGACGAGGUUGAUGAGGGUUACAGGACCAUCUACCAGACUUUGGUCGACAAGGUCUACCCCGAGGCUGGCCUGGUCGAGAUGCUUUACAGCAUCAACGCUGCCGGUCGCAUCAUCGUCCAGGCUGCAAUCCAGACCCCUCUGAGCCAAGGCCGCCUCUCCAUCAACUCGACCUCGAUCUUCGACCCGCCCGUCGUUGACCCCAAGUACUUCUCCCACCCCGGCGAUAUCGUCCUCAUGCGCCAAGGUGUGAAGCAGGUCCGCCGCAUGUCGACCCUCUCACCCCUCCGUGAUAUCCUUGGCGACGAGCUCAGCCCCGGUCCUGAUGUCCAGUCCGACGAGGACAUCGAGAACUGGAUCAGGCAGAAUGCCAACACCGAGUUCCACCCCGGCUGCACUUGCGUGAUGUUGCCCCGCGACAAGGGCGGUGUUAUCGACCAGUCCCUCAAGGUUCACGGUACCGCCAACCUCCGCGUUAUUGAUGGAUCCAUCUUCCCUCUCUCUAUGUCCGCUCACUUGAUGGCCCCGAUCUACGGUGUCGCCGAGAAGGCUGCCGAACUCAUCCUCAACCCUCCCUCGUCAUCCGGCGGUGGCUCUGGUGGCAAGGGCGGCUCCUCUGGUGGCAAAGGUGGAUCCGGCAAGAACGACGAAGAUGACGACGAGAGCGCAGCUGCUGGUCUUUCCAGCUCGCUCUUCAUCACUGUCGCUGGUUCCCUCUUCACCGCUCUCCUCAGCGCUUUCUAAAGCUCCUCCUGUCUGACUGACUGACUGACUAACUAACGAUAUGGACGUUCUAUGACCCUUCGGAUUCCCAUUGCUGGAUUUGUUUCUUGACCACGACACUCAUUUGGCUGUCUUAUGGACUUGACUUGAUACUCGUAUAUCUUUUCGUUCAUUCCUAGCCUAAUGAACAGGGACUUUCCAUGCGACCUUUUGAUACCAUCGCUGUAGAUGACGCUGUUAUAUUAGAGAAAGAUGUAAUACUGUUGCAAAGUAGUUACCCCCCCCCCCCCCUGUGUAGCAUAGGAAUGAACGGACUAUUGUUUGAUUUUUGGAACUUA